UACGCCGCUAGAUCGUCCAUCAAGGGCCAUGCAGCCUCACACUCUGUCUCUAGCUCUCCUGGCUUCUCUAGGCCUGAUGAUCAGCCCCGUCCUGGUCCAAUCAGGCCCUACCGACAGCGCCAUCAACCUCGCAUGUGCGAACGCGAUGCAGCCACAGCCAUGCCUGGACUUGCUGCACGACAACCUCGACGUCCGGACGCCGGAGGUGGACGGCGUCCCCGAGAUGUCCCUCCAAGUCGCGGCGAAGAUCGCCAAGGAGGCCGGCGAAUUCGCGGCGGCAGCAAACAAGACGAAGAAGAGCCCACCCUCCAAGUGCCUCGCGGACUGCGCCGGAGAUAUCGAUAAGGUGGCCAAGGAGAUGGGGGAGCUCCCGGCGGCGAUCAAGCCCGGCGACGAGGCGGGCGUCCUGCCGUUCAUUGAGGGGUUCAAGAGGGUGUGUGGGGAUGACUGCCCGGCGGCGACGGAGAGAUCGGCUGAUGAACAAGCCACGUGGGAGAAAUUUAAUGGUGUGAUGAAGGCUUUGGGCGUCGUCCAGGACCUUUUCAUGACAAAGAAGGAGAAGGUAGUAGAAGGACACCGUAUUGAGAGGUCGCCUGAGUUUUAGUUAAAGAUUAGUCGACAUGGUUGGCAGUCGGCAACACGUGGGAAAUGAGAGAGUACAUAUGUCACUCAGAGAUUUUAAUUUAAUGACUCUGAUGCGCAACUGAAAUUUAAGCAUUUUUUUUCAAGAAUCCACUAAUUUUACGUAUC